AUGGCGGAGCGCGUCGCGGCAGCGGAGUCGCCGAUGUCGAACGUGCAGAAGCUCAAGCUGCAGCUGUUCCACCGACUGCAGCGGCGCCACCGUGACGCCUGGAAGCGCUACUGGGGCUCCUUCCAGCUCUACCUGGCGGCCAAGCUCUCGCUCGAGGAGUUCCACGCGCUGGCCGAGGAACUCCUGGGGCCCGACAAACACCUUCACAAUAAGUUUGUGGUGGUGCUGCUGAGCACGGCCUACCUGGACGCGGCGGAGCUGCAGAGGAGUCCCCAGCCACCCUCAGCUCCAGAGAUACAGGACCACAACGGAGAAGGAGGAGGACAAGCUGCACUGGAGGCUGAAGCAAGCCCCACGGGGUCGAACGACCCGCUGCUGCGGAUUAUCAAGGAGGAGAGCGCGAGACAUGGUAAGCGUUGA